AUGGACAAAGCUCGCCUACGAAAGACCUUCAAAUAUCCUUCCGAAGAUGAGCGCUCCACCAAUUCACGCGACGAACUGGACGAAGAAGAACAAGAAAAUGUAAUCUCGUCGCUACAAUCGCAGUCACAAACAUCAAAUGCCACGUACACGAUGAUAUUCACAUUGCUGCCACUUGCAAUCGCGCCGUUAUUCGUAUACUAUUUGAUCUUCAGCUCGGCUGUGCCGGCACGAUUGCGGUUGUUGUGUCUGUUGGCGUUGACGAGUCUGCUCGCGAGCUCUUUUACGAUGUUCUUCUUGUCGAAUGCUGAUGGGAUUGAUGCGCGGGCACGGCUGGAUAGGCGGCAGAGGGAGGUCACUAGGUCGACUUUUGCGAACGCGGAAAAUACGUCUGGCUCGUUUACCGUACGCGUGAAGAAAAUCUUCGAGGACGUUCUUGAUAAGCUUGACGAUGCACGACUUGAUCUUGAUGUGGAAGGUCCACUGCUUCAAGCGCUGCCGAUUCUUAAUGGUGUUAUGUGUAUGCUGUUGGCUGUGGCGGCUUGGGCACUUCGUGGCAGGGAUCUGAAGGGUGUGCCUGAGUAUAUGUGGUUGUAUCUCCUUAUGCCUGGAGUCAUGGCUACCAUGACGACUUUUGCCAGACGAAGUAUUAUGGAUGAACAGAAAGAGAUACAGGAGCUGAGAGGGAUGAAGUACGGGUACAAAGGAGCGUAG